CUGAAUUAUUAAAGGUUACCAGGUUUUGCUUUGCAUAGGUUUUGAAAAGUUCAUUGAUUUGUUGAAACAGAAUGAGGCUAAUUUACCACGAUUCAUAUGCAUUAGUAUUAAUAGUAAUGGCAGUAGUAGUAGCAUCUUGAAUGUUUACAGUUUGCUGAUGGAAAAAUCCAGACUGACCUACAUUGUCAGAAUAGUGCAAACUUUACAUGGAUACGGCAGCCAAUACACAGACUGAAUGAAAACUUUCGCAGACCUAUGUCGCCAUCUUUAGUGAGGGACAAUAACCCACAUAAUAUAUGUAUUUUUCCUCUUCUGGUGGAUAUUCUGCAGAAACAAAUUACAUAUGUACACUGAAAUUCACUAACGGGAUAAAAGCACUGGGAACGAACGCUCUCAAGCAAUCUCGUUAUCGCUAAACGUCAUGUUUGAAAGAGUCGCCAUAUUUGUUAGGGCUGAAGGCUCAUCGUUCGUAAAUACUCCCCUCCAGACUCAAAAUAUGGCGGCUUCCAGGCAAGCAUGAGAGCAGAUACUUCUUCGUAAAUCGAAUGGUCGUGGAAUACCGUCUCUAAACUAAACCUGCUAAAAUAUCUGCUGGAGAAUAGUAACUCAAACAAGAGGACAUGACAUCCCCUGGUUCCGCUUUGUCUGGAACCAGCGGUUCAACGCUUCAGCCGCGUUGGAAGCGGGUUCUUGGAUGGUCUGGUCCCGUCCCUCGGCCAAGACAUGGGCACAGAGCAGUUGCUAUUAAGGAGCUUAUGGUGGUUUUCGGAGGAGGGAAUGAAGGAAUCGUCGAUGAGCUCCACGUUUAUAACACAGCUACCAACCAGUGGUUUAUCCCAGCUGUGCGUGGGGACAUCCCUCCAGGCUGUGCAGCAUACGGCUUUGUGUGCGAUGGUACCCGACUGCUGGUGUUCGGAGGGAUGGUGGAGUAUGGGAAGUACAGCAAUGACCUUUACGAGCUGCAGGCCAGUAGAUGGGAAUGGAAGAAGCUGAAGCCAAAAGCCCCGAAGAAUGGGCCCCCACCUUGCCCCCGCCUGGGCCACAGCUUCUCUCUGGUGGGCAACAAGUGCUACCUGUUUGGAGGGCUAGCCAAUGACAGCGAAGACCCUAAAAACAACAUUCCCAGGUAUCUAAAUGACCUUUACACGCUGGAGCUGCGUCCGGGCUCUUCUGUGGCGGGCUGGGACAUCCCCAUCACAUACGGUGUGCUGCCUCCACCACGCGAGAGCCAUACUGCAGUGGUCUACACAGAAAAGGACUCCAAGAAGUCCCGGCUCAUCAUCUACGGGGGCAUGAGUGGCUGCCGCCUGGGAGACUUGUGGACCCUCGACAUAGACACCCUCACCUGGAACAAGCCCUCAGUUAGUGGCACAGCUCCCCUCCCACGCAGUCUCCACUCAGCAACUACUAUCACAAACAAGAUGUUUGUUUUUGGAGGCUGGGUGCCCCUGGUCAUGGAUGAUGUGAAAGUGGCCACACAUGAAAAGGAGUGGAAGUGUACAAAUACACUGGCUAGCCUCAAUCUGGAUUCAAUGAAUUGGGAGAACGUUUUGAUGGACACCCUGGAAGAUAAUGUACCAAGAGCCCGUGCAGGACACUGCUCAGUGGCCAUCAACUCUCGACUGUAUGUGUGGAGUGGACGAGAUGGGUACCGUAAAGCCUGGAACAACCAGGUGUGCUGCAAAGAUCUGUGGUACCUUGAGACAGAGAAGCCACACGCUCCCACGCGCGUGCAGCUGGUCCGUGCCAACACCAACUCCCUGGAGGUCAGCUGGGGCGCGGUGCCCAUGGCUGACACCUACCUGCUGCAGCUGCAGAAGUACGACAUCCCCACUGCCACGGCGGCCACCUCUCCCUCCCUCAACUCCGCUACCUCUCUGCCCAGCAACUCUCCCAAGAGCCCCGCGCCAGCGUCCGCUGCACCUGCCACCCAGAGCCUGCCACAGACGGGCAUCAGCCUGGUGCACCAAGCCUCCUCCCCUACAGCACAAGGCCUACCCGUCCUGCCGAACAUGCCAGGCAGCCCUCUUGGAGCCUCCACAGCUCGUGGCCCAGCCAUCCUGAAAGUUGCAGCUCCCCAGGGUGGCACUGGCACCUCCAUUGUCACUGUGCGCCAAGCCAACCAAGCUGGGAAAUCCCCAGUCACUGUGACAUCACUUCCUGCAGGUGUUCGCAUGGUUAUACCAGCACAAACCACACAGGGAACGCCAAUCGGAAGCAGCCCUCAGAUGAGUGGCAUGGCAGCUCUGGCUGCUGCUGCAGCUGCAACUCAGAAGAUCCCGCCCUCAUCCACGGUGCUGAAUCUUCCACCUGGGGCCACCAUCAUGAAAACUAUGGCUGGAACGCCAGGCUCCACCACAGUCAAAAUGGCCUCCCCAGUCAUGGUGAGCAACCCCGCCACCCGCAUGCUGAAGACGGCCGCUGCUCAGGUCGGCACAGCAACCGUCUCCAGCCCCAACACCUCCACGCGCCCCAUCAUCACGGUGCACAAGUCCGGCACGGUUACUGUGGCACAGCAAGCCCAGGUGGUCACCACGAUGGUGGGUGGGGUCACCAAGACCAUCACUCUCGUUAAGAGCCCCAUCUCUAUGGCAGGAGGAGGAACACUGUUCUCAAACCUGGGGAAGGUGAUGUCCGUUGUGCAGACAAAGCCAGGACAGUCUGCAUUGACCGGACAGACCUCCACCAACCCACUCCAUCAGCUCAUACAGUCAAAAGGGGGUCUUCCUGCAGGCACCAUUCUGAAGCUGGUAACGUCUGCUGAUGGUAAGCCCACCACCAUCAUCACCACCAGCCAGGCAGGGGUGGGCGGCGCCAAACCCACCAUCCUGGGCGUCAGCAGCAUGUCACCCACUACCACCUCCAAACCAGGCACCACUACCAUCAUCAAGACCAUCCCCAUGUCUGCCCUCAUGUCCCAGCAAGGGGCCACUGGUGUUACCAGCAGUGGGGGGAUGAAGACCCCCAUCCACAUCAUCACCACCAAGAUGAUGACCUCUGGCACGGGCACUCCUGGAAAGUUCAUCACUGCCAUGCCAAAGCUGGGCACUGCAGGGCAGCAGGGCCUUACUCAGGUGGUCUUGAAGGGAGCACCAGGUCAGCCUGGGACAAUCCUACGAACAAUGCCCAUGAGCGGAGUUCGACUGGUUAGCCCAGUAACUGCAUCUGGUGUUAAGCCAAAUGUUACUACUUUUGUCGUCAAAGGAACCACAGGGGUCACAACCCUGGGCACAGUCACAGGGACAGUUUCCACAAGCCUGGCCAGUGGAAGCGUCGCCAGUGCCAACGCCUCUCUGGCCACACCCAUAACCACACUGGGCACCAUCGCCACUCUGUCCAGUCAGGUGAUCAACCCAGCGACCAUCACUGUGUCCGCAGCACAGACCAACCUCACCACAGCAACUGCCCUUCCCACCACCUCCAUACAGUCUGCAGGCCAGCCCACCCAGGUGACCCUUAUCACGAGCCCCAGCAGUGUAGAGGCUCAGGUAGGUCAGGACCUGCCCGUGUCCAUCCUGUCAUCGCCCACGUCCGAGCAGCCCAGCUCCUCCGAGACGACUGGCAGCGACACCCCCGGCUCAGUCACGCUCGUGUGCUCCAACCCGCCAUGCGAGACGCACGAGACGGGCACCACCAACACUGCCACCACAGCCACCGCCAACAUGGGAGUCCCGCAGCGAGUCUGCUCCAACCCUCCCUGCGAGACCCACGAGACGGGCACCACCAACACCGCCACCACGGCGUCCUCUAGCAUGGGUGGGGGCACUCAGGUUUGCUCCAACCCGCCCUGCGAGACUCACGAGACGGGCACCACCAACACUGCCACCACGGCGUCCUCUAGCAUGGGUGGGGGCACUCAGGUUUGCUCCAACCCGCCCUGCGAGACUCACGAGACUGGCACCACCAACACCGCCACCACUGCGUCCUCUGGCAUGGGUGCUGCUGGGCAGACGAGCACUGUGCAGAGGGUGUGUUCCAACCCGCCCUGUGAGACCCACGAGACGGGCACCACCAACACGGCCACCACUGCGUCCUCUGGCAUGGGUGGUGCCGGGCAGACGAGCACUGUGCAGAGGGUGUGUUCCAACCCGCCCUGUGAGACCCACGAGACGGGCACCACCAACACGGCCACCACUGCGUCCUCUGGCAUGGGUGCUGCUGGGCAGACGGGCACUGCGCAGAGGGUGUGUUCCAACCCGCCCUGUGAGACCCACGAGACGGGCACCACUAACACUGCAACCACAGCCACCUGCAACAUGGAGACUGGAGAAGGCGCAGCCCAACAAAGUGAACAGUCUUCAGAAGCAUCCAGCAGCACAGAGGUGCCUGCUACAUCGUCCACGGCCGCUAUAUCUAGUCGAGCCGUCACCAUGGUUACUCAGGCCACACCUGCACCUGGACCCUCGGUACCUUCCAUCUCGUCCAUCACUGAAUCGUCGCCAGGUGCAGUACCAGCUGAGCUCACUCAGGACGAGCUGACUGCAGCGGGCAGCUCGGAGGCUGUGCCAUCUGAGGAGCCCAUGCAGACAGACUGCCCUCCAGAGGGCGCCAUGCCCAUGGAGGAGGGGGAUUCUGCACAGGCGGCUGAGAUGGAGGCAGCAGCAGCAGCAGCAGCAGCAGCAGCGUCGUCCCAGGAGACAGAGGCUCUAAGCCUGCCCCCGGAGCUCAUGUCAGAGGGCCAGUCCACCACUCUGAUGGUGACAGGGCUGACCCCUGAGGAGCUGGCCGUUACCGCCGCAGCAGAGGCCGCAGCUCAGGCCGCCGCCACAGAAGAAGCCCAGGCCUUGGCCAUCCAGGAGGCAGCCUCCGAGGAGGCCCAGGCCCUGGCCAUCCAGGCAGUGCUGCAAGCUGCCCAGCAGGCUGUCAUGAGUGAGUCCUAUUUUAAUGGCGAGGGUGGCUCUGAGCAGCAGCAGCAGCAGCACCACCACACCAUCCCCAUCGUGCUGACCCCACAGGAGCUGGCUGCACUCGUCCAGCAACAGCAUCAGCUCCAGGAGGCCCAGGCUGCCGCCCAGCAGCAGCAACAACAACAACAACAACAGCAGCAGCAGCAACAACAACAACAACAGCAGCAGCAGCAGCAGCAGCAGGCCACACCCACCGAGGGCCUGGCCCCCGCUGACAGCCUCAACGACCCCGCCUCUGAGAGCAACGGCCAUGGCGACAUGGCGGCCGCCGUCUCCAGCGCGGUCGCCGGGCUGCUGCCCAGCAUGGCUGCAGAGACGUUGGCACCAUCCAACACCUUUGCAGCAGUAGCAGUCGCCACUCCCAUCAAGAUACAGGCAGCAGCAGCACUGGCUGAAGUGGCCAAUGGCAUUGAGGUGAGGAAGCAGAGUGCACCUCCUGCCCCCAUCAGAGUGCCGGUGAAGAAGGAGAACCAGUGGUACGAUGUGGGAAUCGUCAAGGUGACCAACAUGGUCGUGACUCAUUAUUAUGUACCAGGAGAUGACGCCGCCUACUCGGAGGAUGACUCAGGAGCCAUGCCUGACUACACCCAAAUGAAGAGGAUGGAGUUGCAGCCGGGUACAGCAUACAAGUUUCGCGUGGCAGGCGUCAAUGCCUGCGGACGUGGCAACUUCUCAGAAAUAUCCGCUUUCAAGACCUGCCUGCCUGGCUUCCCAGGGGCACCCUGUGCCAUCAAAAUCAGCAAGAGCCCAGACGGUGCGCACCUGACGUGGGAGCCGCCGUCGGUCACGUCCGGCAAGAUCAUCGAGUACUCCGUGUACCUGGCCAUCCAGAGCUCGCAGACCACUGAGGCCAAGCCGUCGGCACCGGCCCAGCUGGCCUUCAUGCGGGUGUAUUGCGGGCCCAGUCCAUCCUGCCUGGUGCAGUCCUCUAGCCUAUCCAACGCCCACAUCGACUACACCACCAAGCCCGCCAUCAUCUUCCGCAUUGCCGCGCGCAAUGAGAAGGGCUAUGGCCCUGCCACACAAGUCCGAUGGCUCCAAGAGUCAAGCAAAGAUGCCGCAGCCAAGCCGGCCGCUAAAAGAGCAGUGUCCUCCCCAGAUGUGAAAGCUGGUCCUAAGAAAGCACGGAUGGACCAGUGAGGCGAUGCUGAGGCCUGUCCCCUUCUCUUCUGUCCCUCCCUGUCCUCUCCCAGCCGGCAGGACUCUCCUCCAGCCCCACCCUCUGACUCCUCCCCAGCCCAUUAGCAACUUUAGGGACUAUAGGCACAAACACCACAGAACAUUUACUGUACCCAGCCCAGUUAUUUUUUGUUUUGUUUUUGUCAGCAUUGACCCCUUCAUCCUUUACCCUUUUCCAGCUGUGAACAAAAGAAAUGAUCAAGUACAUUUGACUUUUGUUUCCUCUUUUUGGUGCUUUUUUCCCUCUUUUUAAAACGUAAGGUGGCGUUCCAAAAAAAAAAAAAAAAAAAAAGAACCAAAAAAAUAGCCUCUUUCUUCUGCCAAGUCUUCCUCAUCUUCUUUUUUUGUUCUGUUUUGGCCUUCCCGCAUCCUUUCCUAAAUAUGCCAUUUGCACCUGGCAGGUUUUGAGUAGGUGAGCUUUUUACAAACAGCAUGAUAAGGUGAUGCCAGCUGGUUUUGGAUGAGGAGGGAAAUGAGGAACUGCGGCAUGGGCAAAGCAGGCAGAGGACUGCAGGGGCAGCAAUGGAGUUCAUCCGACAACUCGCAACAGAAAGCGAAACAAAGCACUUGUCCUUACACCCUCUCUCACACACACAUAUAUACAUACACACACACACACAAAGGACGUGUCCCCCACCCCUCUUUCUCUGGGGGAAGGACAUCACUAAGCUCACACUCAAAACACAAAAAUAGAGACAUCAACACUGAGCGUGUGCAGCUCUGGACUCCUAGUCGUGACGUUGGGGUGCACUGGUGCGAGAACAGACCCGCUUGUGAUGUUGCCACCGUGAAGCGAGCGGAGGAGCAGACAGGAAGAGGAUUGGGUAGAGGGACUGACUUGGCAACAACAACUGAGACUUGCAGUAUACAUUCACAUACACGCCACAUGCAAACAUGCACACUUACACGGAAGAAAAAUAGCAAAAACCUCCCAAAAAAUUAGAAAGCUAUGAUGCAGAAGAUCUUUGUGUAGUUUAUUUUUGUAUUUUUACGCUUUUCUCCUGUGAGUAUGUGGAUGUCCAGUGUGUAUUUUUGGAUUUUUUUUGUUUUUUUUGUUUUUUAAAUAAAUGAUCCCCUUAGUUGAAAGUCAGUAUGGGAUAGAGAAUGGCGUUGACGGGCUAGAGCAGAAGGACGCCAUUUUGAAAUCUCAGUUGGAUCUGUUCAUUGUUAUUGUAAGAAAAAGAGAAAGGGGUUUUGUACUUUGAUUCGACACGUAGAUGAAAUAGGAAUGAAGGGAACUUGGAGUUGGACCCAGGGAAAAGAGGGGUUUUUACCUUUUUUUUUGUUUUCUCACCUUUUGUUUACGGCUCUUUUCAAACGCUUGUUAUCACUUUAGUGGACAUGUAUGCCAAACAUGGAAUUGUAAAGUAUAUAAUAAACUAAAUCUGUAACUCAUUUUUGACUGCCCCAAGCCCCCCCUCCCCCCAAACACACCUUGAUCCUCCAGAACCUGGUGUCCAUACUAUGCUUUUUAAAAUAUAUAUGUAUAAAUAUAUACAUUACAGGCUCUAAGGCUUCAUGAAUCCUCCCUCAACUACGUUUUUAGAAAUGUAAACAAUUUUUAGAUAUCCUUUCUUUUGUUCCUUUCUCUCCCCACCCCCUUGCUUACAUUGUGAAGGAAAAUUAUCUGUGAAGCUCUGAAAUAAAUUUUUACCUACAUUCUUUACGGGACUCCAUAUUUUAGAGACAGCUUAAAAGCAAAGCGUUCACUGUAAGACAGGAUUCCUGAAGUUUCCAUGUAGGCAGGGGUGGGUGUAGGAGUGAGUUGCCAAGUCUCGGUACUGCAGUGUGGAUACAGUUGUAACGGAGUUUCUUCACACUAUAAAGAAAGUGAUGAGACAUUCGGGCCUUUUUAUAUAAUUACCUGUAAGAAGAAAAAAAGUUGUUUUUACAUGUUGGUCAUCUCCUUUUUGUGUUGAAAAUAUUUCAAACGGAAAUAUAAAAACUGUCCCUCAUUAAGCAUCUGAAUUCAUAUUGUUUUUAUUAAUUUUGUAACAGAAUUAAAACAAUUUAAACUUU